AUGAUACUCAAUCGACAGUAUUUUGUAACACCAAUCAUACGGCUUAAGAAACUCUUGUCCAAAGUCACGGAUCCAUUUGGUGGCAAUCCAUUUGUCGCCGACCAGUACUGGACACCCGCUAUGUUUUGUCUGCCGAUCGGUGUCUCCCGAGUCGUACAGAUUAUGCCAGAAAAGUGCCGCAGACUUCUCGGGCAAAACGGUUACAUUCAAGAGGGGGAAGACAGUGGCGCCGCCGGCCUCCACAUCGGCCAAGUAGUUGAUCCACGUCGCGAUCCGAUCGGAUUCGUUACCCCUCUCCCGAUAGGCGCUGAACGAGUCGUAAUGAUAGUCAUAAUAACCGCCGACACUGUAUUUGAUAGCAUUGUAUGGCUCGGCAUAACUCGUGUUGAGGCCAGUGAUGGCUCCGAUACGUCGGCUUACAGUUUGCAACACCCGAUCAUACCUAUCGAACAGCCAAUUGCCGUUCGCCACCCGUAUAUUAGAUCCGUAAUUAUAUCCGGAAUCCGAUUGAUUCCGCUCUCCCGAUACCUUCAGCCUAAUGUCAAAACCUGUUGCUUCACAGAUUCAAUGUCCGGUUUAAUAGCCAUUGAAAUUCUUAAAUAUCUUUGGGCUUCACUUGAAUUUCCUAUUUCUUGUUCACAAGAAGACAGUUAUCUUAUCGUCAAAUCGUGUCAUUAUUUCGGAUGUGUUUUUCAAAGUUGUGUUUUGAUUACAAUCGACGCCAAAGAGAUUGCAUUGAAUAUCAAACAAAGCUAUUCUUCUGGUGAGAAGAUAGACAUCGAUUGGAUGUCUUAG